AUGCCCCUGCUCUUCACCCUCUUCGAGCUGGCCCGCAACCCCAGCGUCCAGACGGCCAUUCGCCGGGAGAUUGCCGAGGCCGAGUCGCAGGGGCCACGGGAGCUCUCCAAGGUGCUGAACUCCAUGCCCUUGCUCAAAAGCGCCCUCAAGGAGACACUGAGGCUCUACCCUGUGGGCAUAACGGUGCAGCGCUACCCAACCAAAGACGUGGUGCUCCAGAACUACUGCGUGCCGGCUGGGACCCUGUGCCAGGUGGGGCUGUACGCCAUGGGCCGGAGCCCGGAGGUGUUCAGCAACCCGGAGCGCUACGACCCCAUGCGCUGGCUGAGCAAGGAGGAUAACAGCUUCAAGGCCCUGGCCUUCGGCUUCGGGGCCCGGCAGUGCAUCGGCCGCCGCUUGGCAGAGACCGAAAUGAUGCUGUUCCUCAUGCACGUCCUGCGGAACUUCCGGAUCGACACGGUGUCCAAGGCCGAUAUUAAAACCGUCUUCGGGUUCAUCCUCAUGCCGGAGAAGCCGCCUCUGCUCACGUUUCGGCCCAUCGACUGA